AUGAUUGAUCUGCAACGCGAAGAAGAACUCGUCCACUUGGCUCUUUCGCGGAAUCUCGAUUUGCUGAUUCUCGCUAAACAUUACGGUACGGACGUACCUCGAUUUUACCAGCUAUCGACUGCUCUGGGAAAUGGGCACGCCGUUGCCUCAGCCAACUCAGAACCCGACGCGAUUAUUGUUGGGAGCGGACUCGCUGGCAUGGCGGCAGCGCUGAAUAUUCUCGAUCGCGGCGGACGUGUGGUAAUGAUUGAAAAGGAACAUUUGCUGGGUGGCAACUCCAACAAGGCUAGCUCCGGGAUCAAUGCGUAUCGGGACGACAAUGGUGCAGAUGCACUUGAAGUCUUUCGAAAUGAUACCAUUCGAUCGGCUGGUUCUUCGGCGCGCUUGGAUUUAGUCGACGUCCUCGUCUCCAAGAGCGCCUCGGCUGUGGAAUGGUUGCAGUCACGCACUGGAGUCGACCUGUCGCUUGUUGCGCAGUUGGGGGGACACUCUGCUAAACGAACGCACAGGCCGAGGAGUGGCAUGGUCGGUGCGGAAGUCAUUUUUGGCAUGCAGAAAGCCGUCAAACAAUAUGAAAAGACCGGAGAAGUCACGAUACUGAUCGACAGCAAAGUGACGCGACUCGUGACAGAAGGUGGACGUGUGGUGGGAGUUGAAUACGCGAGCUCUAAGAAGGACAACACCACCGAGCCUUACAAAAUUCAUGCGGCCAACGUUGUCCUGGCGACGGGAGGAUUUGCGUCGGAUCGAUCGAAAGGCUCAUUUUUGGAACACUACCGUCCGGAACUCCUCAAGCUGCCUACAACGGCGGGCGCGUUUUCUACCGGAGAUGGUGUGGCAUUGGCAACGGCUCUCGGUGCUGGGAUUGUGGAUAUGGACAAGGUCCAGGUACAUCCGACAGGUUGGGUGGACCCAUUAGACCCAGACAAUCCCAGCAAAAUACUUGCUGCUGAGCUUAUGCGAGGUGUCGGAGGUUUACUGAUCAACGACGAUGGCAAUCGCUUUUGUGACGAGCUCGGGACACGUGCGUACGUGACGGAUCGAAUGCUUUCACACGAUGAAGGCUACUCGAGAACUAGGCAGUGGAACGUCAAUGCGACAAUCCCAAUUUUCUCGUUGGUAUUGGCUUCAUCGGCUGCUGAAGAUGGUAUGAAACAUGUCGACUUGUACUCACACAAGGGAUUGCUAAAACGACUGGAAGGGUUGUCGGAGCUCGCUGAAUGGAUGGAGGUGCCAGUCGACAAGUUGUCUGAGACCCUGCAAAAAUAUCGCUCUGCUGGUGACGUAGGGGAAGACGAGUUUGGAAAGAAGGAAUUCCGUGGGACACCCUUGGAAGACUUGCAAAAUGAAGUAUUUUACGCUGGAAAAGUAACGCCUGUCUUGCAUUAUUGCAUGGGUGGCAUUACCAUAAACGCAAACGGGAAGGUAGUGGCUGAAAAUGGCGAAGAAAUUCCAGGACUUUUUGCGGCUGGAGAAGUAACAGGAGGCGUCCACGGAGUCAAUCGGCUAGCUGGGAAUUCUUUACUGGAAUGCACGGUAUUUGGUACCGUUGUGGGGCAAACGGUCCCGAUCAAGAAAAGUGCUUCCCUGAUGAGCGAGAUUUACAAGAGAGAAGAUGAUGCACCAUCAGCAACGAAGGACCUUCGGUCGGUUUCGCUAGCUGAGCUCCAGCAACAUAGUACUCCCGAAGAUUGCUGGGUUGCCAUUGCAGGCGUCGUUUACGAUCUGACCGAGUUUGCUGACGAGCAUCCAGCUGGACCCGAUUCGAUACACGAAUUGGCCGGAAAAGAUGGUACGAAAUCUUUCUUAGCAGUCCACAGCCUUGGAAUUCUUGACGAUUUCGACGAAGAAAGGAUAGGAAGUUUCAAUGAGACAUUGAAAGAGGACUUUUUAACCACCAAUAAGUCGGUCGCCGGGACUGCCGGAGACAGCAAGAGCGAUACACUUGUGAAACCCUCUGCCGCUUCGCGAUCUGGUGGGCUCUGGGACAGCCUUAUUGGUCGGUAG